CUCAAUAAAGUAUAUCACAGAAAUAAUAUUGCGUUUUGUGCUGAAAUGUCAAGCCGCAUGUAACGGUUAUAUACUUAGCUAUUAAUAUAUGAUCGUAUUAUUGAACCCUUUCAUUUUGUUGGGCAUAGUUUACAUGAUUUGAUUCAUAUAGCGAUCAGCAGAGUUUAUUACUAUAUUGUUACUGCUAUUUGGGGUGUCUGUUUGUUGCACCGCUCCUUCAACAAUAAGUGUACGUUCACUGAGAUUAAUGGGUUGGAUAAAGUGGUCAGAAUCUGCGCAAAAUGAUCACCGUGAACGCACCCCGCUUCAAAACAUUUGAUUGGUCUACUAGAAACACGUAGCUCCUCCCUAGUGUAAACUGAUUGGUAAACAACCAUCAGCAUAUGGCUGAGAUCUUACUGGUUACGAAAACAAGAGUGUGGUGUAGAUUAUUAUUAUUUUGUACGUAUGUUUCGGGUUUUGAAGCCUCCAGUGUGCGUUCUUGUUUCUCUAUUUGUAUGUGCAAGUUUGCAACCCGCAAAACAAAGUCUGUAAAUGCGCUGUUACUGUUUCCUAAAAUUAUUGAAAAACUAAAUAAAAAUACAUGUGGAACAGCUUGUUCUACCUCCUCAGCUCAGAAGCCGGGGAGCCUUACCAGCUAGAAUGGAUGGCUUACGUAAUGGUGUUAAUGGGGCUUUUAUCGUUUCUGUUUUCGCUUUUUGUUAAUGUACCUUAUGGCAGGUACGCUUCAAGUAAGUUUGGGUUCCCUGUCAGUGUCAAAUUAGCGUGGUUUCUGCAAGAGUUGCCUUCUCUGUUAGUUCCGAUUCAUGUGGUCGUCUUCACCGCUGCUGACAGAAGCUCUUACCUGACCAACCAAGUGCUCAUUGGGAUGUUUCUGUGUCAUUACAUACAAAGGACACUAGUUUACCCUUUCCUAAUUCGAGGAGGGAAACCAACACCAUUUAUAUCUUUUGCCAUGGCUUUUAUGUUUUGUGUAUAUAAUGGAUACAUGCAGGGAAAAUACCUCAGCCACUUUGCUGUGUACCCUUCAGACUGGAUUAGACAUCCCUGCUUCAUUACAGGUUUUUCUCUAUGGCUGACAGGGAUAUUGAUAAACGUACACUCUGAUCAUAUACUUAGAAACCUGCGAAAGCCUGGAGACACAGGUUACAAGAUACCAAAUGGGGGAAUGUUUGAAUACAUCUCUGGGGCCAACUUUUUUGGUGAAAUAAUAGAGUGGACUGGAUUUGCAAUAGCUACUUGGUCACUGCAAGGUGCAGCCUUUGCUAUCUUUACAUUCCUGGUGCUAUCCUCUCGGGCCACCCAGCAUCACAGAUGGUACAUUGAAAAAUUUGAAGACUACCCCAAAUCAAGAAAAGCUUUCAUACCCUUUUUGUAUUGACAGUAAUAAACAAAAUACAUUUUAAUUAAACUACAAGUUCCAAACUUUUCUAAUGAAGCAGUCGGUAGGCAUUUAUGCCAUUCAUCUCUCUGGUUAAAAUUAAGAAUUGGUGCUGAAAGAGGUGGACUUGAUCUGGGACUCACACUCCCAGUUGAACCAUCCAUCAGUUCAGUCUGGAAGCAUUAGGAAACCCUGUCUAGGCUGUGACUUAUUUAAUGGUUUGUAGGAACCGUGGUGCUUUAUAUGAAGCAUGCACAACUCUUUCUGCAGAUAAUGUAUACCCUGCCUGCCGAGUGCAUUCCCAAUGCAUAAUACUGUUUAUCUUAUGAUUUUGAUAUGCCUCCUGCAUUGUAUAGAAAACAUCCGGGACCUGUUCAUUCAUAUGGUUUUCCUGUAACAAAAUCUGGUUACACAGUUCAGGGUCGUCCAGCACUUCAGCAAUCUGACAUUGAAUGUAGUAUUGAUUUAGCUUGGCUCCUAACUAUAUACAAUCUUAUCACAGGCUGCUUGUUUCAUUAUAUGUAUUUCUGUAGAAAGCAUUAUGUUUUAAUUGUUUUUGACACCACUGCAUCAGUCAGAAUUUAAUAUAGAUACCAUACCUUUGGACACACAGCACCUGAUGGAGACAGUCCCAAGUUAUGUCCCAGUUGGAUGACAAACGAUAUCAAAAUGUAAGUGGGACAUAACUAAUUUCCUCUGCUUUAUCCCCACUACAUCAUUAACAUUAUUUUACAGUAUGUGCACCCUGAAAAGUGAAAAAAAAAACAACCUGGAAUUUGUUAAUGGUACACAGAGAGUUCAGAAGCUGCACGAUAUUAAGACAAGUUAGUAGUUGUUAAUGGAAUUAAACACUAUUUUUAGUUUACUUUUGUUGAACCACCCAUGUCCGUUUUAAAUUAGUUAGAACAGUGUACAGUGAGAUUUUCUAGUCAGUUAACCAGGACAUUUGCUUUGCCAAUAAUUUCUGACUCCGAUUGUACAUGUAAUGGAAUCUUCUGGACAAAAAUAAACCACUCAUUUCCAGUAUCUAAUUGCAGAGUAGAGAAAAACAUGAAUGCUGUGAAUGAAGGUCAUCGUGAUCAUGCUUUUCAUGGUAUUGAUUGAGUUUUUGAAAGCUCUAUCUUAUGAGUAAAACAAAGAAAACAUCCAUGGUGUGUGUGUUCAGUUA